AUGGGGCAUUUACUUGAGUUGGAGCCUUCUCUUGUAGGAGGACUGAAAACUGAAGCCAAGUUGUCCCUGAUAGAGGAAAGACAGAUGAACAAGCAUCACAGAGCAAAAGUAAAGCCACAAAUGCAGAUGCUGCUCAAAGAAACCUUUUACAACACCAAAAACUUCUUUUACAUUACAUUCCAAAAUCUCAAAUCAUGUCUCUUAGGAGGGUAUCAAAAGCUGCCUAAAACUCCUCUUGUCAAACCCAUCUUUUCGACUAAGAAUCCAGAACUCCAUGAGCUGAAUAAUUUCUGUAAAGAUUCCUCCGAUAAAAGUGAGAUACCGAAGAAAAUGGAGGGUCGACUCUCACCAGAAGAAGAAAUGAAGGGAGACAAAAAAUUUAAUGGAAGCUCCAUGAAUAUUGUGGAUAAAAGCGGAUUAAAGGAGUUGAAAGAAAAGAAGACUGAUAAAUAUUCCAAAGGCAAACAAGUAGAGUUCAUUUCUAAGAAUACAGAUGCUUUAGCUAAAAAAAUGAAAGAAUUGGAGAUGAUGGAUGUGAAUGACAUGGAUCAUGUGCUGGAUAUAGAAGAGGUGCUCAAUUACUAUUCUAGGCUCACCUGCCCAGCUUAUAAAGACAUAGUUGACAAGUUUUUCAUGGAUAUGUAUGCUGAAUAUUAUCUUCCACCGCCCUCGGCUAGUGUUCGCAGUUCAAUGAGGAAACUGGGCUCAGUCAGUGUUCAUGGUUCAAUGAGGAAACUGGGCUCUGUCAGUGUUCACUGUUCAAUGAGGAGUCUUGGCCCUUUAAAGCUGUUGAAGUGAAGUAAAUUUCAUUCUUUGCACAUAUGAACCCAUAUAUAUCCCUUCAUUCCACUGUCUGUGUGUGUGUGUGUGUGUGUUGUUCAUAAAUGAAAAUUCUCUCUUCAAGUACUGCAAUUUCUUUGGCCAAUAAUGGAAAUAUGUACCUUGAAAUUAAAUUCCAUCAUCAUCCAUUCUUGUUAUCA